UCCACAGAAGCUUGUUGCAGUCUUCAAACGGUUCUAAUUUCAAUUUCGAUGCCGAGGAAUCCAUGAGCCCUAGUCUUAAUGCGAGGAGGAAAUCCGGUACACUCUGGCCACUCAGUGUUGCAGAAUCCACUGUUCUUACAGCCUCUGAGAACGAUUGGAGAUCAGGGAUAGUGUGUACAUGGUUAAAUGCUGCGAAAGGGUCGAAAGUGCUGCGCAGAUGAGUUUGCUGAUGAUCGUAACUGCCAUGGAAGAGUGACAGGUUAUGUCUCUCGCACAGACAGGGCGAUUGAAAGCUCUCAGGCGAAUCUGGAAUGAAGUGAAAGAGUGACGUGCUGUUGUGUGAGGGAGGGAGGAAACCCGUAGCCAUGCCAGUCUCUUGCUUUUCGUCAUCAGCGUCCGCGCCUGCGUCUGAAGGUCCUGGGUCAACGGACUAUGGCAACUGUUUUGGGGCUCUGUUGAAGGCGUGCAAGCGGUCAAAGUCUGUCAGUUCGGGUGCAGUUCUCUCAGAUGAACUUAAACGAAACCCUCGUUUUCGGACAGUCUCUGAAGAUGAGUUCCAGAAGCUGUACAAAGUGGGGAAAACCAUAGGUUCUGGAGGGUUUUCAAUAGUACGGAAUGGGAAACACAUACCUACAGGAGAAGACGUCGCAGUGAAGGUUAUUGAUCGAUCUAAGUAUGUUCCGAACGAUGGGAGUUUGGAAAGAGAGAUUGUAGUGCUGGAUAAGGUGCAUCACCCAUAUUGCAUCGAUUUCAAAGAGUGCUUCUUCACGAGAAAGCACGUGUAUGUGAUCACGGAAGUUGUAACAGGAGGCGAACUUCUGGAGCGGGUGCUAAAUAAUGGUAAAUUUUCUGAAAAGAAAGCUUGCCGAAUCAUGAAGCAGCUUCUCGAAGCAGUAGCCUAUCUGCACUCGCAAGGCAUAGUCCAUCGAGAUCUCAAACUCGAAAAUAUUCUCCUCAAGUCGCCUGACGAAGACUCACAGAUUAUAAUUGCGGAUUUCGGUCUACCUAAAAUAUUCGAAGGAGCAUCCACUUUGACAACUAUCUGCGGUUCACCCCAAUAUGUUGCUCCAGAGGUGUUGGAGGUUGGUCAGAAGCCAUUAUGUUAUACUCCAGCCGCUGACCUAUGGAGUUUGGGUGUGAUCAUGUACAUACUUCUAUCGGGGAACACUCCAUUUGAUGAUACAAACGAGGCUGUAUUAUUUCAGAAAAUCAAGAAUGGGUUAUUCAGUAUGAAACAACCUGUGUGGGAAACCAUUUCCUUGGAGGGCAAAGACUUGAUGCGAAGACUUCUGAUCAUCGUGCCAGAGAAGAGAUUAACAGCAAAGAAGGCAUUACAGCAUUCAUGGUUCGAGGUGAUGAUCGACGAGCCAAAGCAGAACAUUCCAGAAACACAGGGGAUUAGUGAUGAUUCUCAGAAGAAUAUUGACUCGAAUGAAGAGACCAAGAAGAAAGAAGUAUUCACCACCGAGGGAGGAAAUGUAAUGAUAAAUAAGUCGAAGGAGAAUCUUCAGGCAAGACACGAGACUUAAGGAAUUGUCUCAUCUCAAAAGCAUUGGGUACCAGUCAAGAAAUCGUUCCAGUUCAAGCACGGCUAGAUAUGGGUGAAACACCCAUGUCGAUUGACAAAGAGCGACAAGAAACGAGGAAUGAUAGGGAAGUUAUCCUCAGAGACUGACUGCAGCAAUAGAAAGGCGACGAGGAAGAGGUCAGUAGCAUUACAGGAUCAACUUAGGUGUUGUAAGAGCCUAGAAUUAAAUGCGGCAGAAGCUGAAAAGCUAUCCACUGAAACAUAAGGCAAAAACAAGUUGCAUUGCAAAGAUGCAUCACCAGUCAGGAUAAACAACCGUGAAUGCGAAAAGGUAUUUUCGUAAUCAGUCCCGGAGUUAUUGAAAAUUUAGCACACACUCGUAAUUAAGUUGCAGGCAUCGUUCAUGACUAUUACUUCACACCUUAGCAGAUCCGAGGAUGUACUUAUAAAAUUUCUGAAGAAAUAGACUCUAGUUUGGAAGGCAUCGAUCCAUUAUAAUGGCAGAUUUGUCAGCUCUCAAAUAUUCAGAACGCAUGCCAAGUAAUUGUACUGUUUUCUUCGCAAUCGUUCCUCGAAUGAUGACAAUACCCAUUGGCUUGACCUUCCGAGCGAUGUGUUCUUUGGCUUGACGUGGAAAUUCACAUCAUCCCAUUUCCUGGAGGUUGAAUCGAUAGAAGCCAUUUUGACGAUACUGAAUCUGGAAACCUUUGUUCAGUGGCUUCAUCAGCGUUAUAAUAACUCUACUUCUAAAAUAAA